UUUCUGUGCGCCCUUUUUGCCUCCAGAGCCCACAUCGAUUUCGAGAAAGGCGUGAUCAAUGCGGGCGACACAAGGAACUCGCGUGUGAAUAACUUAUGCGGGAUGAUUGAUUUGUGUUUGCGUUCAAGUUUUGCGCAAAGAAGAAGAAGAAGAAGAAGAAACCCCAUCAGGAGCAGGGAAAAUCUCCACAUAGAAAUAAUGCAAUAUGCAGGGAACUGGGUGCGAGUUUUACGCUUUCUUGUGACUAUGACAAGUUGUUCCCGUGUCUCUGGGUGUGAUUGUUCAUGUGAUAUGUAAAAAUGACCAUUCAAGGCAUCUUUCUCUCCUGCCCCCCACCCCCUGGCAGACCUGUAUCUGACGAGUGGGCCGCCUGCGCACCUUUUGAAUGGUCUUGUAGCUGCUGAGAGACAUGCCAGAUACGCCCCGUUUCACUUUGCAAAGCUUUCUUUCUCCUGCCCUUGUCGGAUGUUAAUGGGGAAUAAUCGGUGGGUUUGAGGAGAGAGAUGGCGGCGGCGGCGGCGGCGGCUGCUCGGUUCAGCACGCUGGACAGCGCUCGUGGAAGUUGGGAGAGGACGGCGGCGCGCGGACGCACGGGGAUUUAACUGAUAGGAAUUUUGGGGAGCUGCUGGAGAAGAUGAGCGACGGGUGAACAUGGUUGAUUUUAAGUGCUUCUCAUCGACAAAAGGCGCAGGGAACCCGAGAGGGCACUUUCUGGAUUGAGACAUGGACUUUGCUGAAAUUAUCUUCGCUUUGUUCAUCGUCGUGGUCGCGGUCGUCUCGCUGUUGUCAAACUUGUUGGUGCUGCUAUGUUUCGUCAACAGCACCGAGAUACGCCGACAGGUGCCCGGUGUUUUUACCAUGAACUUGUCCUUCUGCAACAUACUCAUCACCGUUUUGAACAUGCCGGCCACUUUGGUGGGGAUUAUCAGGAAGCAGCAGCCUUUUGGGGAUUGCAUUUGCCACGCCGUGAGCUUUCUGGAGACCUUUCUGACCGCGAACACAAUGCUGAGCAUGGCAGCUCUCAGCAUAGACCGGUGGAUAGCGGUGGUCUUCCCGCUCAGUUACUCAACUAAAAUGCGCUAUAAGGACGCGCUGAUCAUGGUGUGUUACUCCUGGCUCCACUCGUUCACCUUCUCCCUCACGGCGCUGCUCUUCUCCUGGCUCGACUACAGCGACGUUUACGCGUCCUGCACCUUGCAGCCGAGCGAGGGCGGCAGCGACAGGAUUAAGUUUGCAAUCUUCACUGUCGUUUUCCACGCCACCAGUUUCAUGCUCUCCCUGCUCAUCCUGUGCUUCACCUACCUGAAGGUGCUCAAAGUGGCCAGGUUUCACUGCAAGAGGAUUGACAUUAUCACCAUGCAGACUCUUUUCCUCCUGGUCGACAUUCACCCAAGCGUGAAACAAAGAUGUUUAGCUGAGCAAAAGAGGAGAAAGCAGAGAGCCACAAAGAAGAUCAGCAUCUUCAUCGGCUCAUUCAUCAUCUGCUUUGCUCCAUAUGUAAUUACAAGGUUGGCUGAGCUUCUACCCUUCGUGGACAUCAACCGCCACUGGGGAAUCAUCAGUAAGUGCCUGACAUACAGCAAGGCUGCGUCUGACCCCUUUGCCUACUCCCUCCUACGUCAGCAGUACAAGAAAGUCCUGGUUACUGUCGUCAACAGGCUGCUCCGUCGUGACCUGUACCCCUCGUCCGGCCAUAACAGCUCUUUAGACACAGAGAACGACUACUGUCUCCAGAGGAUCAGCUAAUGGCAAAAGCACGGACAUGACAGAUACACACUACAAGCCAAAAAUAAAGGUUGCCUCUUGGAAGAAGGUGGGCGUAGGAAAAGAAUGAGGAGGGAGACAGAGAGAGGACAGGAUAUUGUUAGGCAGGGAAAAGAGAGAAGA